UCUCAUGCGACACGCCCAGUUUCGCUGUCUGUGUCAAGCCUUUUAUUUUGGUGAUAGCACAUGGCACCGCAAGCACAUCCCAGUGAAAAACCGCUGCGCGCGCUGCUACAGGUGGCGUUCAUUGCGUGCCACCUUAACGUCUGGAACAACUGAAGAGAGAGACAGCGACAAGGGACUAGCAGCGCUUCAACACCGCUUCAGUUCCCGGGGGAAACUCAUAAAGCUUGCUUUUGUUGCUUAGUUUGGUCGCAUUUUGGAGGCGGUUGUGGUUUCAGUCUGAGGUGAACUGGGACCUGCUGUCUGCUGGGUGUGUUCCGUGUUUUAUCGACACAUCACCGAGAUUUAACAGGUGGAGAAGGCAUCAAUCACUGCACUCACCUUGGGUUUUGACAAGAGUGUGUGUGCUGACUGAUCACUAAAUGGCGCUGACGGUGAACCUUAUCGGUCCUUCACCAUGGGGCUUCAGAAUAUUUGGAGGAAGGGACUUCAAGAAGGCCAUAACUGUAUCAAAGGUCAACGGUGGCAGCAAGGCAGAGAAGGCCAACCUGCAACCUGGUGACAUCAUCUUGGAGAUCAACAGGGAAAACACGGCGGACAUGCUGAACGUGGAGGCCCAGAACAAGAUCAAGAACUCCAAGACUCAGCUGCAGCUGGUGGUGGAGAGACCUGAACCUCCCAGCCCUGGACAGACUAACGGCAUCGGCACCCCUGAGCAGCUCACCGGACGCUUCCAGGAGGCAGUAAUAGUGAGUAGAGACGAGAAUCAGAACUACAGAGAGUACACCAUCUCCAGCCCUGCGUCGCUGUCCCCUGGACCUUAUUCCCCAGAUCCUUUUCCCAGCCCCGACGGAAAGAGGGAGAGGCUGACACCGACCAUCAACAAAAGUGUCCAGCUGCGUCCAUGGUCUCCAGUGGAGAAGAGUCACCGACUGUCCAGACCGCUGUCACAGGAAUUCUCCCCUUCAGACCACAGAAAUAACUCUGUGUACAGCAGAACCCCGACCCCACCAGGACGCUACUCCCCCCAUAGCCCCAUUGAUCGGGAUGUACCCACGUCUCCACGUCGCAGCAGUUCAAGCUCUGAGUUUGCCAUGCAGAAGUUUGACAGGGACUCGGAAGUGUACAAGAUGAUUCAGGAGAAUAAGGAGUCCCGCUCGGCACCUCGUCAGUCCAACACCUUCAAAAUACUGCAAGAGGUCCUGGAGGCUGACGAGAAAGAGGCAGCCUUGCGGUUCCCAGGGAAACUUUCGCCCAGCGCCCCCACAGUAAGCACAUCAGUGGGAGGAGGCAAAAAAAUCCACACCUGUGAGAAGUGUGGCACAAGCAUCGGCACACUGGCCGUGCGCAUCGCAGACGACCGCUUCCGCCACGCAGAGUGCUACACCUGCACAGAUUGCGGUCUCAACCUCAGGAUGAGGGGUCACUUUUGCGUCGGAGACGUGAUGUACUGUGAGAAGCACGCCAAACAGAGGUACCAAGGCCCGGGCAGUCUCCCUCAAGCCACCAUGUCCCAGCGCCAGUGAGUCUGCCACUCCACACCUGCCCCGCUCUGGAUGUAGAGGGCCGCUUGUCUGCCGGAAGCUCAACGCCAUCUGACUCGGCUAGAGACCUUGGGAUGGGGCGUGGAGGUGGAGACUAGUCAACAAAAUG